AUGAGCUUGUACGUUCCUGGCCGUCGUGUCUCACGCCCCUCUGAAUUAUGUGAAACAUGUGAGAAAAAAGAAAUAAGGACAAACGCAACGGUUUAUUGUGAAAUGUGUGACGAGUUCCAGUGUGAAGCAUGUUCAAAGGCGCAUCAGCUUUACAGUAUCAUGGAAAAUCAUACAUUAGUGAAAGCAUCUGAAAACAGACGUCAUCUAGUCGGCUUGAAUCUGUGUGAUGAACAUGAACAAGAGAUACGUUUCUUUUGUGAAGAGGAUGACGAACUCUGCUGUGGAACUUGCGCCUUUUUGAACCACAGGAAUUGCGCAACUGUUGAAGAUAUAGAUGUAUACGCACGUAUGGCUUCACAAAGCACUGGCCAUCUGAUUGGAACUAUAUGUGAAAUUCAGGAUACAGCGAUGUCACGUAAAAUCCAAUUAGAAGAACAGGCAAAGAAUCUGCAAAGUCAUGUUGAAACAGAACUAGGACGAAUAGACGAGUUACAGACCAAGGUGGACGAGUUAUUUGGUGAUAUGCUACAAAAUGUUGUGAAAAAUGGCAAAGAGGUUAGUGAAGAAAUAAAAUCUGCAGUGACGGCUAGACAAAGUGAUUGUAGGACAUUGUAUGCAGACAUCGAAGUGUUAGUUAACAUCGCAGAUAAUGUUUUAAACAAGAUUUCCUUAGAAAGCAUGUUUAUUGUUCAAAACAUAUUAGCGGAUAUCUAUAAUAUGCGCUCGGCUAAACUAAAGGACAUCAGGUCGGAUAUGGUCAGUUUUAAUUUUGACGUGUCUUUCGAAGAAAAACUGCUCGAGUUUCAAAACUCGGGAAAUGAUUUUGCUAAUCUUAAGGUAUUAGUUAAAAUAAGCACUAAACUAUAG